AUGUCAUAAAUAUCUCAGUAUAAGGAAUUAGCAUCAAAGGUACAAGAUAUAGAUAUAGGUAUGCUUAUCUUGAAUGCAGGUACAGCAGUAUUUGGUAAAUUCUAGAAUCUUACUGAUUAAGAAGUAGAAGUAUAAGUUAACUUAGAUGUUAUUCACAAUGUUUAUCUAUUCAAGGUCUUAGUUGAUAAGCUCUAUUUGAGAACUAAAAGAUCAGCUGUUGUUAUUGUAUCAAGUGAUCUUGGAUUGACUCCAGUUCCAGGCAUAGCAGUUUACAGUGCCUCAAAAGCUUUUUUGAGAUAUAUUGGUGUAGGAGUUGGAAAAGAAAUGAAAGAUAAGAUUGAUAUUUAAACUUUCGUUUGCGGGUAGGUCAGUACAAAAUUGAAUCCAGGUGAACCUUCAGGGCUAAAGACAUCUGUAAUUGUAGCUGUUAAAAAUGCUUUAAGAGACAUAGGUCAAGAUUUGACCACUGCAGGUCCCAUCGAGCAUGUGAUAUCUGGCUCGAUAAUGAACAAUUUAACAUUUGUAGUUGACAGAAUCAUAGGAUGGGAGAAACCAAUAGUUAAUAAAGAAAAGAAAAAAUAGUGA